GGGAGAGGGACCGCCCGCGAUUGCUACGGCCUCCAUCGCAGCGAGAGCUUGAAAGCGUGCUUGCCUGCCAUUCCCAGCUCCCAGUUCCUUUCCUUCUUCUUGCUCGUCCACCCAGUACUCCACUGCUCCUCGUCCUCGUCCUCGUCCUCCCUCUCCCGCCAUCCCCAUCCCCGCGACGACGCGCAUCGGACCCUGCGUCGUACGUGCUCGCCCAUUCCCUAGCCGUCAGUGGAUGUGCCGGGCUGGCCGCGGGCCGUCCGAGCCUGCGGCGGCGGCAGGGGAGGGCGACAACCCGGCGGGCGGCAGGAGUGGCAGCGGGUGAGUUGAGCUCCACUCAGGGCCCGCAUUACCAGUGUGUCCCUCCCCGGUGGUGCUCUGCGCUGUUCCCCUUGCUCACUUGUCGGGCGGGGCGUGCCCUAGCACCGUGUGGACUGUGGAGCUCGCACCGCGCGGGGGAAGUGAAAAAGCUCGCGCGCCUUUCGCGGAUCUGCUUCGGGGGCUUGCGCGGCGGUGUGCUCCUGGGUCCCCCAGACGGGGCCGGGUAUCCCGUGAUUUGAGGGGACUUCUACUUCUCUCUCUCUCUCCUGCUGCCUCUUCUUCUUUAUGAUGGGUACACGGUGCGAUUGGUGUGUGCUCCUGUUUGGGGAUCCCCUGUUUGGUCAGUGAGGAGAGUUGAGCUGCUAUAGCAUUUCUGCCGGAGAAAUCGGCUUAGAGUUGUCUGGGUGCUUCUUCUCUUCGUGAGCUUCUCGAUUUCCAGGAGGUGAUUACUGGUUAAACGGUUAUUAAUUGUAUACUUUUGUUUUCUGUCUUACUUGAUUGCCGGGUCGCUACCGAUCUGCUACUUGGUUUGGUGGCUCGCUCUUGUCAGUUUGUCUGAUAAAUCCCAAUGCGAAGCUACUUCCCUUGCCGUCACACGAGUACUAGUUCCGCUGCUGCCCGUCGGAGUAUUCAGAAUUCAUAAGCAUGUAUCUGCUGCCGUGUUCUUACAGCUGCUCGCGCCCUCUACAGGAAGGAAGCCAUCCAACCGCGGAGAUGUGGGAGCCCAGGAGGUCGUAGCGAGGGGUUUCCUUGAUUGGUGAAUCUUCGAUCAAGGAUGGAGCACCGGGCUUUGCUGCUCGGCGUGGCGCUGGCCUUUCUGCUGGCCUCUGGCUCCCAGGGCUUGAACCAUGAAGGUUGGCUUCUCCUAGCGCUGAAGAGCCAGAUGAACGACACUCUCCACCACCUCGACAACUGGGACGCGAGGGAUCUAACACCAUGCAUCUGGAAGGGCGUCAGCUGCUCGUCGACGCCCAACCCAGUGGUGGUGUCUCUCGACCUCAGCAACAUGAACCUGUCAGGCACAGUUGCGCCUAGCAUUGGUAGCCUGUCUGAGCUGACCCUCCUUGAUCUGUCCUUUAAUGGGUUCUAUGGUACCAUCCCUCCAGAGAUUGGGAACCUGUCGAAAUUGGAAGUGCUUAACUUGUACAACAACAGUUUUGUUGGUACAAUACCCCCUGAGCUCGGGAAGCUAGAUAGGCUGGUCACGUUUAAUCUGUGCAACAACAAGCUUCAUGGCCCGAUACCUGAUGAGGUUGGAAAUAUGACAGCACUUCAGGAAUUGGUAGGAUACAGUAAUAAUCUCACUGGCUCACUACCUCGUUCACUUGGCAAGCUGAAGAACCUGAAAAAUAUUAGGUUGGGUCAGAAUCUUAUAUCAGGCAACAUUCCUGUUGAGAUAGGUGCAUGCCUGAACAUAACUGUGUUUGGUCUUGCGCAAAACAAGCUCGAGGGUCCUUUACCUAAAGAGAUUGGGAGGUUGACCUUGAUGACCGACUUAAUCCUAUGGGGGAAUCAGCUUUCUGGUGUUAUUCCUCCAGAGAUAGGAAACUGUACAAGUCUGAGCACAAUUGCCCUCUAUGACAAUAAUCUAGUUGGCCCCAUUCCUGCAACAAUUGUGAAAAUUACGAAUCUUCAGAAGCUAUACCUUUACAGGAAUUCAUUAAAUGGUACAAUUCCAUCUGACAUUGGGAAUCUUUCUCUUGCAAAAGAGAUCGACUUUUCAGAGAAUUUCUUAACUGGAGGGAUACCAAAGGAGCUGGCCGACAUCCCAGGCUUGAAUUUACUCUACCUCUUCCAGAACCAGCUUACAGGCCCUAUUCCUACAGAGUUGUGUGGGUUGAAAAACUUGAGUAAACUUGAUCUGUCGAUCAAUUCACUGAAUGGCACGAUUCCAGUUGGAUUUCAGUACAUGAGAAAUCUAAUCCAACUGCAACUCUUCAACAAUAUGCUUUCUGGCAACAUACCUCCAAGGUUUGGCAUUUAUAGCCGUCUUUGGGUGGUGGAUUUCUCAAACAACAGUAUAACAGGGCAGAUACCGAAAGAUCUUUGCAGGCAAUCAAACCUUAUUUUGUUGAAUUUGGGGUCUAACAUGCUUACAGGAAACAUUCCUCGUGGGAUCACUAACUGUAAAACAUUGGUGCAGCUUCGUCUCAGUGACAACAGUCUGACAGGAAGUUUCCCCACUGAUCUCUGCAAUCUGGUAAAUUUGACAACAGUUGAACUAGGUCGAAACAAAUUUAGUGGGCCUAUUCCUCCUCAGAUAGGCAGUUGCAAGUCUCUUCAAAGGCUGGACCUUACAAAUAAUUAUUUCACGUCAGAGUUGCCUCGAGAAAUUGGUAAUUUGUCAAAACUCGUUGUCUUCAAUAUCUCAUCUAAUAGACUAGGAGGAAACAUACCACUAGAGAUUUUCAAUUGUACAGUGUUGCAACGCCUUGAUCUCAGCCAGAAUAGCUUUGAAGGUUCGUUGCCAAAUGAAGUUGGUAGGCUGCCACAGCUGGAGCUGCUAUCUUUUGCUGACAAUAGGCUAACUGGCCAGAUACCACCCAUUCUUGGUGAACUAUCACAUUUAACAGCACUACAGAUUGGUGGCAAUCAGUUAUCUGGUGAAAUACCAAAGGAGCUGGGUCUGCUGUCGAGCUUGCAGAUCGCCCUGAAUUUGAGUUACAACAACCUCUCUGGCGAUAUUCCAUCAGAGCUUGGUAACCUUGCACUGUUGGAAAGUUUAUUUCUUAAUAACAACAAGCUGAUGGGUGAAAUCCCAACCACAUUUGCUAAUCUGUCCAGUUUGCUUGAGCUCAACGUCUCCUACAAUUAUCUCUCUGGUGCCCUCCCGCCAAUACCGCUUUUUGAUAAUAUGUCUGUGACCUGUUUUAUUGGAAAUAAAGGAUUAUGUGGUGGACAACUUGGUAGAUGUGGAUCCCGACCAUCCUCUAGUUCUCAGUCAUCCAAAUCAGUCAGUCCCCCAUUGGGCAAGAUCAUAGCAAUUGUUGCUGCUGUCAUUGGAGGGAUUUCACUUAUUCUUAUUGCAAUAAUUGUGCACCAUAUCAGAAAACCAAUGGAGACAGUGGCCCCUUUGCAAGAUAAGCAACCUUUUCCAGCUUGUUCUAAUGUGCAUGUUUCUGCUAAGGAUGCAUAUACAUUUCAGGAAUUGCUCACCGCCACAAAUAACUUUGACGAGAGUUGUGUGAUCGGAAGGGGUGCAUGUGGGACGGUGUACAGAGCCAUCCUGAAGGCUGGACAGACAAUUGCAGUCAAGAAACUUGCUUCUAACAGGGAAGGGAGCAACACUGACAACAGCUUUCGUGCAGAGAUCAUGACUCUUGGAAAGAUAAGACAUCGUAAUAUUGUGAAGCUUUACGGUUUUGUAUACCACCAGGGUUCCAACCUUCUACUCUACGAAUACAUGUCAAGAGGUAGUCUUGGUGAGCUACUUCAUGGACAAUCAUCCUCUUCACUUGAUUGGGAGACACGCUUCCUGAUAGCACUUGGUGCGGCUGAAGGGCUUUCAUACCUACAUCACGACUGCAAGCCUCGUAUCAUCCACCGUGAUAUCAAAUCUAAUAACAUUUUACUUGAUGAAAACUUUGAAGCCCAUGUUGGUGAUUUUGGGUUAGCAAAGGUGAUUGACAUGCCAUACUCGAAGUCAAUGUCUGCAAUUGCAGGUUCAUACGGCUAUAUAGCACCAGAAUAUGCUUAUACCAUGAAGGUUACUGAGAAAUGUGAUAUAUAUAGUUAUGGCGUCGUGCUGCUGGAGCUGCUAACUGGGCGUGCCCCUGUGCAACCCUUGGAACUAGGAGGCGAUCUGGUAACAUGGGUAAAGAACUACAUCAAGGACAAUUGUUUGGGUCCAGGGAUCCUCGAUAAAAAAAUGGAUUUACAAGAUCAAAGUGUUGUCGAUCAUAUGAUCGAGGUCAUGAAAAUUGCUUUGGUAUGUACUAGCUUGACUCCGUACGAGAGACCACCAAUGCGGCAUGUUGUAGUCAUGUUAAGCGAGUCUAAAGAUAGGACGAGGGUCAGCUCUGCAUCCUCGCCUGCCUCUGAUGAUUCUUCAAAGAAGGAUGACUCAUAAUGUAUUUAUAAUAUGUUCGAUUAGCCAAAGGUAAUACACAUUUUUUUACUGACUUUUCCUAGUAUUGAUAGUAAUUAGUAGGGUUCUUGUAAUCUGCAUUCAUUAUUUGUGUCAGCAUUUCGUAGGGAGAAAUAUGAUAGUGGUUCAUAGUUUCGUAGUGUCAUUGUAUGCCGUUGUCUCAGAAAGGUUUCAGACUAGCAUGAAGCAUUUGAGGCACGUGACGGUCUUACUGAUGCCGUUGUCUCUCAGAAAGGCUUCCUCUUCUCUGCAGAUGUUCAUUGUUCAGUUAAUUCUAUAUGCGUCGGUGCAUUCUUACUCGAGUUACAAGUACACUAGGAACACCUGUCAGGUAGCCAAUUCUGUAAUAUUCUCCAACAUGAACUGCAGUGCAGAUCAUAUGUAAUCAUCGAUCAUAUGCAAUCGCUCUUUGUAGCUGUUAACCUGUAGC